AUGGCAACUGAAGCGGAGAAAUCGACGGUAGACCAAGGUCACACCGCUGAGAGCGUGCAUGCUCCGCCUCCGGCCCCUGCUGCAGCCGCUGCUGUUGCUCCCCCGGCUCUUUUUGCCACUGUUGCGGCGUCGACGAUUCCUGGCCCGCUAGCUCCUGCCCCCCCACCGAGCCUCCCCUUUCCUCGCGAAGUCCCCGUGUCUGGCGCGUCGGCUCCCAUUGCGAUGCAGACACAUGUGGUGCAGCCGCCUGUCCAAGUUGCUGUGGGGGGCCCCGCGCGGGGGAAGGCGGUGGGCGCCGGCCCCAGCUCUGCACACUUGGUGACCCCCGCGGCUGCGCCGGUACAGCCCGUCGCGCAGCGGCACGCGGAGUCACAGAGUCAUGGUGCCGCAGGGGGCAAUGCGGCGGCGCAUCGGGGGCGAGGUUCUCCUCGGCAUCGCCCCUCCUCGUCGUACCGGUCCGCGCAUCGCGGUGGUCGCGGUGGCUGGUGGGGAGGUCGCGGUCGCGGGCGUGGUGGGCCAAGCGAGAUGCAGCAGCCGCGCGAGGAUUUUCCGGAGAUGUUGGCUGCGGCAAUGCGCGCUGCUCUGACGGGAGCGCCGAAUCUUGAAAGCUCGCUGGCUCCUGCUACCGCGGCGCACGCCCCUGCUCCCGUGCAUGCGCGUGCUCUACCGACACCACACAUGGCUCUUGCGCCAAACGAUCAGGCGUACUCGCAGGUUCGUGCUCCUGCAGCUGAUCGUGCUCCGCCUGCCUCCGCGCGUCCUGUUUCCGCUGCGCCGUGUCCCCCACUGCCAUGGAUUCCUCCCGUUUCAGGCACGGGAUUUGUGGGAGCGGGAGGCGGAGAGGCGAGGGGGGCCUUCGUCCCUCCGCGGAGCACUCUCGGUCAUCAUGCGCGAGCUGAUUGUUUGACGGCGGCCGCGCAGUUUGCUUUCCUCCAGCUACCCGUGCUGGCAGCGCCCGCAACGGGAGGCGUAGCGGUCUCGCAGCUGGACGAGACUGUCCAGGAUCUGACAGGGCACCUCCGCGAAGGAGGCGCUGUUGUUACUGUCGGCGCGACCGCGUUAGUGGUCCGACAGCUGUGGAGGACCAUGCGUGGAAUCCUCGCGGCCCUUGAUGCCCAUCUGAUGUAG